GACAUCCACGCUACCCCUCUCUCAUUGCUAUCCUUCUCUUUUACUAGCGCUGAAGUAUCUCUAUUUUCCAUUCGUUGCUAACGCGCACGCCGUUUGAGCCCCCUUGCUAUUUCUCGCCGAGACCCGAUCCGCACCCCAGCGCUGUUCCGCCGUGUAAAGCACCCACGUGUUCCACCUGUUUUGUGAGCUGAAGGCGGGCGAAGGAGACUCCCUCAGUUAACUGUGCGCUGCGCUCCGCUUUUACUUCUCCUUUCACGUCGCCUUAAGCGUCGAUUUCCCGCCCUCCGUUUCCGCUCGCCGAGCCGGCCAACCGGACAGCGGCCUGAACCGUUUUUGGUGCGCCUGGCAGCCGUGGAAGGCACUCGCCAUCGGCGCUCUUCUCCUGUGCUGUGCUCUCGGCCCGCACCCGGCCACCGCCACGGACGGCGAUGUGUCUGCACCCACGCCGGAGUCGGAAACAAUGAAGUUCCUGCAGGCCCUCGUGACGGCGGUGCCGGACCUGAAGUUCUAUAAGAAGGGUACAGACUACUGCGUCGGUUGGGACUUCGUGCAAUGUGUGAGAGGCGUAGCGACGAAGGUGAAGCUGACGGGGUUGAAGCUGGCACACGCGUCGAGCCUGCCGGAUCUCGCCGACGACGUGAACGGCGCACUCGUGACGGUGACGGGGUUCGAGGCGAAUGACAUCGGCGCCAUGUUGUCGGGGACGCUGCCGCCGAGCUGGGGACGGUUAACGCAGAUGCAGCGGAUUUCACUGUCAGGGAACGCGUUGACAGGACAGCUGCCGGUGGAGUGGAGCGGCAUGGCAUCACUGAAGAUCCUGUGGCUGGGCAACAACAAACUGUCGGGCACGCUGCCGGCGGUGUGGAGCUCUCUGUCUAAGCUGAUGCAGCUGAAGCUGAACAACAACAGCCUGUCGGGCACGCUACCGGCGGAGUGGAGCAAGUUGACUAGGGUGAAGAACGGCCUGCUGCUGCAAGGCAACCACUUCUGCGGCUGCGUGCCGCCGGAGUGGGCUGGUAAGCUGACGCCGACCGUGGACCCCGCGGUGAGCGCGGAGACCUGUGCAACGACGAACGCGUGCGACAAGGCGUCGAGCAGCGGUGCUGGUCCCCACUCUUCCAGCCACAGCAGUCCGUCACCGAGCUCGGCAAGCAGCAGCCACAGCUCAUUUCACUGCACAGUGCUGCAUUGUUUCAAAUGCGAUGCGGGCAACGGCACGAAGUGCAUGCAAUGUACGCGCGGCUACAUGCUGACGGAUGACUUUGAAUGUGCCUCUAUCAGUGACGGUGCGUGCCGGCAGAGCGUGAGCGACCGAAAUGGAUGGCUAAUGCUGGCCCUGCUAUGCACAUCUGUGUUGUGGAACCUGGUCUAG